AUGCUGGGUGGUCGAGAAGGCGAGUCUCUCCGCGGACGACGGGCGCUUGCCACCGGGGGAGCGGUGGCGCUGGCUGCCGUUGCGGCGGUUGUCUGUGCCGGCCUGCUCAACCGCGCCCGUGGUGGGUGGUACCCGUGCUCCGGCCCGACGGGCAGCCGCCAUGCCACGACCGCCGGAGGCGAUUCCCAGACGCGAACGCGGGUAGUGGCCGACGCGCACGCUUGGUGGCGGUGGCUGGUGGGAGCAUACACCGGCAUCAUUGGAGCAGCCGCAGCCGAGCCGACGCUGUCGUGGGAAGCCGCCAAGAAGCGUGCCAUCUUUGGCCUCGUCCUUGGCGGCUACACCGCUGUGGCAUUGUACCCUGACUGGAACACGUACAUGGGCAUGGGCUCGGCGCCGGUGUCGUACAGCCCGGCGGUUGUCCGCCAUGGUGUCUUUGACUGGCUGGUGGGCUAUCCAGAGCCCGGGUGGUCGUUUUGGGCGCGGUACUACCGCGAUCUGGUCGGCAUGUCGCUGCGCGGGCUGAUGAUGACCGGGCCGGCCGGCCUCGUCAUGUACUUUCAUGGCUACGGGUGGGAGUUUCUGGCCUCGGGCGUUUUUAUGGGCACAGCUUACGAGUUUGCCAAGGGCUCGUCGGCCGGCCCGUGUGCGCCGAUGGCGCCUGGUCCGCCGUUUGGCGAAAUGCUCUGGGGCUGCAUCCACGUCGGCGUCCUCCUCUUUGCCACGCUCAACUUUUGGCGGCGCGGCGGUGCCCGUCGCCUUGAUCCGUACCUUCGUCCCGGUGAGUACUGGCUUGUCUGUGCAGCCGGCUUUGUCCUCAGCCUCGUCUUUACGAUCUCCGGCAUUUGGUUUGCCGCCGCCGUCCCCGCCGACGAUCGCGAGGAUGCGUCUGGGGCGCGGUCGACCUACGCUGGCACCGUGUUUGGCACGCUAGCCAUUGCGGCUGGCUCUGCAGCGGGCCUCGCGGCAUGGUUCCUGCAUCGGGCAGCGGUAUGCACCUGGGUCUACCCGAACCCGCCCACGUCCGAGCAGCUGCUGAGGCUGCGGGCGGAUCAGGCGCGGGUGGCGCUCUCGCCGAGCUCGAUCAACGGCUCGGCGCUCGGCACCACGCCCACCGCCGCCGCUGCUGCUGCUGCGCUCUCGGGCCACAUCGGCGUUGACGACUCGUUUGUCCGCGAGCGCGACCUGUUCGGCUCGGUCGACAUCUCCGAGUCCGAGUACCACGACGACCUCCUCCACGGCUCGCCGUACGACUCGUUGACUUCAGUCAAGUCGGAGCUCGAGUCGCCGCUGUUGGUCGGCCCAUACGCCACGCUCAUUUCGUCAUCGACGGCCGGUACCGCCGCCGUGGCGCAAACCGGCGUCAACUCGGGUGGCGAGUACCGGCUCCGGGCCGGCUCGCUUGUCUCGCGGCGGCAGGCCGAUGGUGCUGGUCUUCGUCUUGGAUAUGCAGUCCCAACCGUCUGGGAUGAGGUCGGUCUGCCGGACUUAUGUCGGCUCGUGGGCUGGCGCUAUCUUACAGUCACCCUUCGCUCGCUCAUCGGCCUCAACUGGCUCUACCUUGGCGUCGGCCUCGCCGUUGUCCUCAGCGGCAGUGGGCGGUCGUGACGCUCUGCCGUGCGUGCAGCCGUCCGUUUACGCUUUCCCCCUUAGUGAACGCAUGGCCCGCAUCGCAAGUUCGUACGCGCAGAAGC